AUGGGAUUUGCCCUAAUAGAAAACAUCGACAUCGGGAUCCACCUACGGCCGAGUGGGUCCGACUCCGGUGAAACUGACUGCAAGCUUGUUCGCAACCGCCGCAUCGGGGCUCGUGUGUUUAGCCACCGAGGUAAAGUCAGCCAGUCAUUUUAUGAGCGCCUAUCAGCGGCUGUUGCGCAUCCUCGUACCAGUACACUUGGCAGACGCAAUUUUGCCUCUCGACAAGGAGCCCUUGACCGUACCCCCUACUUUCUCUGGACCACGAGGAACGCCUUCACCGCAUCUCCAUUGCCCCAACGUUUCGAAGCCGGCAGCAGAAAUCGCCCCACCCCUAGUCCCCUUUCCAUGCCUUGCUUCACCAAGCAUCGCCAGCCAUCGUACCGAGUGUCGGAUCAUCUUGUCUUCCGUGUCCUCCCGCACAGAUUCGAGCGACGCCAACCAAAGCAUCUAAAGCCAGGUCGCCUGAUCACUGGUAUCCAACAUGACAACCGAGCAGUGAACCAUCCCAUCCGAACCCCGCACCCAGACGACAAAGUUAUCUCAUAA